GGCUCAGUCCCUUAGAAGGGCGACGAAAGGCGGCGGAAUCGGGACGUCUGCCAGGCAUUCAACGGCCGCGGAACAUCCCGCCUCGCCGGCCAUGGUCGUCCUUUCUGCGGCCAUUAUCAAAAAGGACAAGACCCUUGUCGCAAGGCAGUUCGUCGAGAUGACUCGUCUCCGGAUCGAGGGUCUGCUGGGUGCCUUCACGAAGCUUGUGGACAGUGGAAAGGAUCACACCUUUGUCGAGACAGAGUCCGUGCGCUAUGUCUACCAGCCCAUGGAGUCUCUUAACCUAGUAGUGAUCACUAACAAGGCCAGCAACAUUUUGGAGGACUUGGAGACGCUGCGGCUACUAGCGAAGGUGGUUCAAGACUGCUGUGAGAUUCAGGUCUCUGAGGAAAAUGUCCUCAAGCAUGCCUUCGACAUCGUCUUCGCUUUCGAUGAGGUGAUCUCCUUCGGAUACCGCGAGAGCGUCACUCUCUCGCAGAUCAAAACCUACACAGAGAUGGACAGCCACGAGGAGAGGCUGCACAUGAUGGUGGAACAGAGCAAGAUCAAUGAGGCCAGAGAGAUGGCGAAGAAGAAGCAAAUGGAGCUGGCGAAGCAGCGCGCGUUGCAGCCGAAAGAUGCAGCUGGACCUGGCUUUGGCAGCGAUUCCCUUCCUGGGAUCGGUCCGAGCAGCAUGGGCAACAGCUCCUUCCAGGACACCAUGCCAUCCAUGGGCAGCGGCCUGGGCAACGACAUGGGCUCUGCACCUUGGUCGUCUUCGAUGGCCGAGGACACGGGCCCUGCGCCGCUGAAGCCGGGCGCGCCGAAGAAGGGAAUGGCGUUGGGCAAAAAGAAGCCGGCCGACGUGCUUGGCAGUAUGGGGCUGCCUGAUCCGAUGCCCACGGAGGCCGUAGCUGAAGAGCCGGCAGCGCAUGCGGCGCCGGCUUACAACCCCUUGAUGGACCCCGUGAGAGUGGACAUCGAGGAGAAGAUCACGGCAGAUUUGCAAGUGGAGGGAGGGCUUGAUGGAGAGGCCAUUUGCACGGGCCAGUUUCAGGUCACCGUCCUGGAUGCGUCCAAGGCAGAUCUGGCGGCCUUCAGGCUGGCGCCGCAAAACCAAGAGUUCAAGUACAAGAUACAUCCGAACCUGAAUAAGACGUCGCAUGCCAACAACGUCUUAGAGGUCCGGGAAGCCUCCCGGGCCUACCGCGCCAACGCGCCGGUGCCAUUAGUGAAGUGGCAGUAUAAAAGCAGCAACGAGGACUUUUUGCCUGUGCAGAUCAGUUGUUGGCCUUCCACUACAUCAGCCCGGAGAUCCGAAGACGCGCCGAGCUCCGGGAGCGGCGCCGCGCACGAUGGCACGCAGAUCGUGCUGGAGCUGGAGCUCACCGACACGAGUAUCACCCUUGAGGAUGUUCAGAUCAGAUUUCCCGCUGCGGCAUCGUCUAGGCCUCAGAUCUCCUCGGCUGAGCCCGGGGAAGCCUCCUAUGACGGUCAGAGCGAGGUGUGCUGGAGGAUCCCCGUUUUGGACAAGAAUGAGGCGAAUGGCAACUUGGAGUUCGUCGCGAAGACCGACUCCGCCUCGUUGCUGCCAUUUACGUUCGAUGCGGUUAGGCGAGGUGCCACCAAAUGUCCCAUGGAGAUAUUGGAGUGCUAUCACAUGGAAAAGAAGGAUGCGAUAGGCUUCGCCUGCGAAAAGUCCUGCAACUAUUCCUUCCGGAUUGGCGCAUGAACUUGGUGAGAGGCUUUCCCCAUCUUUCCCCAUUUUCACCGCAGUGGUAGGCUUUUCGUGUCUCACGAAGGGUACAGCAUAGGUGCUGUC